UCCAAAGUAAAGGGAGCAAAAUCAACCAAUGGCUUUCCUUUGAAUGAUUCACCAGCUUCUCUUUCAGGCUUGCCCAUUCUCAAAAUCGAGAGAAAGCUUCUCGCUUCCUUCCUCCUCCAAUUCAAUUUUUAUAAAUUUGGGGAAUCAUGAAUUCGAAUUCCCCGAAAUCCAUCCCCGUAGUCUCCACCUUUGCCUCGCCGUUUGACGUAACUCCGGCGUCCUCCGUAACUGAUUCAACCCGGAAGCCCCUGAGCUUGUGGCCCGGUAUGUACCACUCGCCUGUCACCAUCGCUCUCUGGGAGGCCAGGUCUAAGAUCUUCGAGUCACUUCUCGACCCUCCCAAAGACGCGCCUCCUCAGAGCGAGCUCCUCACCAGGACGCCCUUGCAUAGCCGAACCAAGAUCUUCUACCCUUUCUCCACUGAUUACAUUCUCCGCGAGCAGUACAGGGAUCCCUGGAACGAGGUCCGCAUCGGAAUUUUGCUUGAAGACCUUGAUGCUUUAGCCGGCACUAUCUCCGUCAAGCACUGUUCUGAUGAUGAUAGCACAACGAGGCCACUGUUGCUGGUUACAGCUUCUGUUCAUAAGAUCGUUUUAAAGAAGCCUAUUAGUGUCGACAUUGAUCUCAAGAUUGUUGCUUCUGUCAUUUGGGUUGGCCGCUCAUCUAUCGAGAUUCAACUCGAAGUUAUGCAACCCGAACCCGAGCUCGAAGGCGUCAAUGCUUCUUCAGACUCAGUUGCGCUAACUGCCAACUUUAUUUUUGUGGCACGUGACUCUAAGACUGGUAAGGCUGCUCCUAUCAACCGGCUUUCUCCAGAAACCGAGCUCGAGAAGCUUCUAUUUGAGGAAGCCGAGGCUAGGAAUAACUUGAGGAAGAAGAAGAGGGGAGGUGAGAGAAAGGAAUUCGAUCACAGGGAGUAUAAGAAGCUUGAGGCUUUGUUGGCUGAAGGAAGGAUCUUCUCUGACAUGCCAGCUCUUGCAGACAGGAACAGCAUUCUUCUGAAAGAUACCCGUCUCGAGAAUUCGCUAAUAUGCCAACCUCAGCAGAGGAACAUCCAUGGCAGGAUCUUUGGAGGGUUUUUGAUGCACAGAGCAUUUGAGUUGGCCUUCUCCACAGCUUAUACUUUUGCGGGUCUAGUGCCCUACUUCUUAGAAGUUGAUCACGUCGAUUUCCUAAGACCAGUGGACGUCGGGGACUUCUUACGUUUCAAAUCCUGUGUACUUUACACUCAACUGGAUAAACUGGAUUGUCCGCUCAUCAGUAUCGAAGUUGUUGCCCAUGUUACAAGUCCGGAGAUUCGUUCUAGUGAGGUUUCAAAUACAUUCUACUUCAAGUUCACUGUACGGCCAGAGGCAAAGGCCAGAAACAAUGGGUUUAAGCUUCGAAAUGUAGUUCCUGCCACAGAGGAAGAAGCUCGUCAUAUCCUCGAGCGCAUGGAUGCAGAAGCUCUGAACUCAAGCAAACAAGUGUACUAGUGUAGACACAAUUCUACGUGUUUGUGUUAUAAUUCAUAGAAGACUUUGCUUAUCAGCUCCUAUCCUCUGACCAGAAAUUUAACAAAAAAUAUAGAGACGCAUUCCUACUGUAUCUAAACGACUUGCUAAUAUAAUCCAAUAUAUGGCUUACUCAUUGAUUUGU